CAAGGCAAAAUAUUAAAAAGCGCACACACGGUUUUGAUAACAACAAAUUAGAGGGGAUUCUGCAGUGAGAGAAGCGAUAGCUUAGUCAUUUUACUUAAAGCGAGCGAGCAGACAGCCUUACUGUGGGGUUAGGCGGCAGAUGAAUUUCAUCACCAUCGCGACAGCGCCUUCUGAAGUCAUGGUGGGAGCCAACACCAGUCCUGUCACGCAGAGCAGAAUUUAUUCAUUGUCUUCCUACUUCAGCCUUUGAAACCAGCGAUUCUGAGCUUUGGAGAAGAAGUUGGCUUGCGCUAUUCAUGGUUUCUAGUCCCGCUGCCCAGGUCUUUGUCCGACACGUCUCAGACUCAGACCGUAGCACUGCGUUAAAGUGACCACACAUGAGCAUGUGCCUAAGAAAGAAGAAAAAGCAGUAUUCAUCUCCAAAGGAGAGCAUGGCAAAGCAACGUGAAGUUUUCCAUUUCCCUCCUAACACUUCUCUAACAAGGAUAACAAGAAACUGUCUCUUGACUCCUUUUUGUCCACAUUCCAUAGUCGGGUCUGUGAAGAUGCGUUAAUUCACACCCAAGGCAGUUGGAUUUCACCAGGACAGUACUUGCUGCCGUUUAGGAUUAGUCGACUGGACUGGUUAUUUUAGUGUGUUCACUGGCAGGAGCUUCAUGGAUGGACUCAUACCUACACUGCUCUGUGAUGUUUCUUUCUUCAAAUCCUGGAAGGGCUUUUGUUUUUGCUAUUUGUGGUUUAUUUUUUGGGGGAGUGGGGACCUGGGGGUGCAGAAUUCAUUACUUGUUGCAAUAAUUGUCUAUGAUCGAUGCUCAAGCCAGAGAGUUGGGAUUCAUCUCUGAAAAUCACUUCAUGCAACAUAGGAGACGAGGAAAAUAUUAAUGACGGAAGAUCUGCGAACAUGAUGCACGUGAACACCUUCCCUUUUAGGAGGCAUUCCUGGAUAUGUUUCGAUGUGGACAAUGGCACAUCAUCGGGACGGAGUCCCUUGGAUCCCAUGACCAGCCCAGGGUCUGGGCUAAUUCUCCAAGCAAAUUUUGUCCACAGUCAACGCCGGGAGUCCUUCCUGUAUCGAUCUGACAGCGAUUAUGACCUCUCUCCAAAAUCUAUGUCCAGGAACUCCUCGAUCGCCAGCGAUAUACAUGGAGAUGACUUGAUUGUGACCCCGUUUGCUCAGGUCCUGGCCAGCCUGAGAACUGUACGAAACAACUUUGCUGCAUUAACUAACUUGCAAGAUCGAGCACCCAGCAAAAGAUCACCCAUGUGCAACCAACCAUCCAUCAACAAAGCCACCAUCACAGAGGAGGCCUACCAGAAACUGGCCAGCGAGACCCUGGAGGAGUUGGACUGGUGUCUGGACCAGCUAGAGACCCUGCAGACCAGACACUCCGUCAGUGAGAUGGCCUCCAACAAGUUUAAAAGGAUGCUUAAUCGGGAGCUCACCCAUCUCUCUGAAAUGAGCCGGUCUGGAAACCAGGUGUCGGAGUACAUAUCAAACACAUUCCUAGAUAAGCAACAUGAAGUGGAAAUUCCCUCUCCAACUCAGAAGGAAAAGGAGAAGAAGAAAAGGCCGAUGUCUCAGAUCAGUGGGGUCAAGAAGCUGAUGCACAGCUCCAGCCUAACUAAUUCCUGUAUCCCAAGGUUUGGAGUUAAAACAGAGCAGGAGGACGUGCUGGCCAAGGAACUAGAAGAUGUGAACAAGUGGGGGCUCCAUGUGUUCAGAAUAGCAGAGCUGUCUGGUAACCGGCCUCUGACUGUUAUCAUGCACAGCAUUUUCCAGGAACGAGACUUAUUAAAAACCUUUAAGAUUCCAGUAGACACUUUAAUUACGUAUCUUAUGACUCUGGAAGAUCAUUACCAUGCCGACGUGGCGUACCACAACAACAUCCACGCUGCAGACGUUGUCCAGUCCACUCACGUGCUGCUGUCCACACCUGCUUUGGAGGCUGUGUUCACGGACUUGGAGAUCCUCGCGGCCAUUUUUGCCAGUGCAAUCCAUGAUGUGGAUCAUCCCGGUGUGUCAAAUCAAUUUCUGAUCAAUACCAACUCGGAACUUGCCUUGAUGUACAAUGACUCCUCCGUCUUAGAGAACCAUCACUUGGCUGUGGGGUUUAAGUUGCUCCAGGAAGAAAACUGCGACAUUUUCCAGAAUCUGACCAAAAAGCAAAGACAAUCUUUAAGGAAAAUGGUCAUUGACAUUGUACUCGCGACAGACAUGUCAAAGCAUAUGAACCUGCUGGCUGACUUGAAAACGAUGGUUGAAACUAAGAAGGUGACAAGCUCUGGCGUCCUCCUCCUGGAUAACUAUUCGGACAGGAUCCAGGUCCUUCAGAAUAUGGUGCACUGCGCAGACCUGAGCAACCCCACAAAGCCGCUCCAGCUGUACCGCCAGUGGACAGACCGGAUAAUGGAGGAGUUCUUCCGCCAGGGGGACCGGGAACGGGAGCGUGGCAUGGAGAUAAGUCCCAUGUGUGACAAGCACAAUGCCUCUGUGGAAAAGUCACAGGUGGGCUUCAUAGACUAUAUCGUUCAUCCACUCUGGGAGACAUGGGCAGACCUCGUCCAUCCUGACGCGCAGGACAUUUUGGACACUUUGGAGGACAACCGUGAGUGGUACCAGAGCACAAUUCCUCAGAGCCCGUCCCCUGCACCCGACGACCAAGAGGAAGGCCGGCAGGGCCAAACGGAAAAAUUCCAGUUUGAACUAACCUUAGAGGAAGACGGCGAGUCGGACACUGAAAAGGACAGUGGGAGUCAAGUGGAGGAAGACACUAGCUGCAGUGACUCCAAGACACUGUGCACCCAAGACUCGGAGUCCACCGAAAUCCCCCUUGACGAACAGGUUGAAGAGGAGGCUGUAGCGCAGGAGGAGGAAAGUCAGCCCGAAACUUGCGUCGUAGAAGACUGUUGUCCUGACACGUAACAGUGUAAAGACUCUCACGCUUUUUUUUUUUUUUUUAAGUAGAAAAGUCGUUUCCAAAGUGCAUGUCACAUGCCACAACCAUGGUCACACCUCACUGUCAUCUGCCAGGACGUUUGUUGAACAAAACUGACCUUGAACUACUCAGUCUGGCGCUCAGGAAUAUUGUAACCAGUUCUUUCACCUCCACGUCACCGGAGCAAGGGGGGGCGGGGGGGAGGGUGUCUUCACGCACAUGACUUUGACAUGAUUUCAGCUUGGCAGAGCUGACAAAGCAGAUAAUAAAAUCAACUCCAACUGUUUUCAAGGGAGCAUGUGGCUCACUGGGCUGCCCGAACGGAGACUGGAUUGCAGGCUUCCUUUCUGGUUGGUUUGUAGAAACUUUUAAGAAGAAAGAAGGUGUUUGACAGGUGGAGUGAACUCUCAGAGGAAGCAAUGAAAUAUGUCACGAACAGGGCACAGCUUGGAUCUGUUCCCAGGAGGAGGAUGAGCCACAGAAAUUGCAUAAUUUUCUAAUUUCAAGUCUUCCUGAUACAUGACUGAACAGUGUGGUUCAGUGAGCCACACUCACCUCUACAUUUUGUAUGAUAUGUAAAACAGAUUUUUGUAGAGCUUACUUUUAUUAUUAAAUGUAUUGAGGUAUUAUAUUUAAAAAAAAAAACUCUGUUCAGAACUUCAUCUGCCACUGGUUAUUUUUUUUCUAAGGAGUAACUUGCAAGUUUUCAGUACAGAUCAGUGCUACACUGGAUAAAUCUCAUUUACGAAUUUUACUUGCACCUUAGAGGUGAUAGCAGUUAACUGAUUUGUAGUGAUUCAUUGUUUUAUAUACUGAUGACUUCCAUACUUUAAAAACAGAGAAACAAAUUUAUGUUGCCCGAAGCCCUUUUUGUAAGUGUCUGACUCGCUUUUUAUUUUCACUCCUCCCUCCGCCAGGAGAGUUGCUCUCCAUCAUCGCUUCCUUCACUGUGUGCAAGCUGAGUAUUUAUUCCGUAAUACUUUGAUGUGCAUUAUGUCCAAGGUGUCUUAAGCCUCAUAGAAAGAAGCUCAGUCAUCAGUUGGUGUUGUCUGAAGUCAGUGGGAGAUAGAUUAAAAUACCCAAUAGCUAAAACAGUCUUUUUCAGGCAUUUUCCUACCUGCUGCCUUCUGGUGACAUUUUU